AUGCCGUCUUCAACCGUCUCCUAUACCGCGCAAAACGGGACUCGCGAACCGGGUCUUAUGCACCGCUCUCUCCUCGAACGCCCUCACCAAGUUAUCUCAGGCUCAGGCAUCCAUCUCACUCUCGCCGAUGGCUCUCGCAUCAUCGAUGGAUGUGGCGGCGCCGCCGUCGCAGUCAUUGGCCACGGCAACAAAGAAGUCAAAGAAGCCAUCGUGCAACAACUCUCUGACGUCGCAUACGUGCACACCAUGACUUAUACGACUUCCAGCGCUGAGGAGCUGGCCAACGAGCUCACUGAAUUGAGCAGGCCGUUUGGCUUGACCAAGGCUUUCUUUGUCUGCUCCGGCAGCGAGGCCAUGGAUGCGACUAUGAAGCUGGCACGGCAGUACCAUUUUGAAAACGGCCAGUUGCAGAGGACAAAGUUUGUUUCGAGGAGGCAGGCGUACCACGGUGGCACGAUUGGGGCCAUGAGCGUGAGCAGCAACCUCCCGAGGAAAAUCCCUUAUGAGGGCGCCUUGUUGCUUGACAACGUCAGCUAUGUUAGCCCGGCAUAUGCAUAUCAUGGCCAGAAAGACACCGAAACCGAGGGUCAGUACGCUGCGAGGCUGAUUACAGAGCUCGACGACGAAUUCCAGCGACAGGGGCCUGAGACAGUCAUUGCUUUCGUGGCGGAGACUGUAGGAGGAGCCACGGCGGCCUGCAUCACGCCUCCAAGGGGAUAUUUCGCAGGCGUGAGAAAAGUAUGCGACAAAUAUGGCAUCCUGCUCAUCUUGGAUGAAGUCAUGUGUGGCAGCGGCCGGAUGGGAACGUACUUUGCCUUUGAGCCCGAGGGCGAUGUGCGACCCGAUUUGCUUACACUGGGAAAGGGGCUCGGAGGAGGAUAUGCGCCCAUUGCUGGCAUCCUGAUCAGCCAGAGAGUUGUCGAUGUGUUGACAAAGGGGUCAGCGAGCUUUGUUCACGGCCAGACAUAUCAGGCUCACCCAACGGGCUGCGCCGCGGCCUUGGCUGUCCAACGAAUCUUGAAGCGCGACGAUUUAGUAGCAAAGUGUCACACCAAAGGGGCCUUUUUGGAAAAGCGGCUGCGGUCUGCUCUUGGAGAUGCAAAGUAUGUGGGCGAGAUCCGCGGAAGGGGCUUUUUCUGGGGCAUCGAAUACGUACAGGAUAGAGCUUUGAAGCAGCCAUUCAAGCCAGAGGUCAAGUUUCAUAAAAGGAUACAUGCUGCGGCGCAUGAUCGCGGCUUGGCCAUUUAUCCAGGAGCGGGGACCAUAGAUGGUGUUAACGGGGAUCAUUCGAUUCUGGCGCCGCCAUUGACUGCAACGGAGGAGGAGCUGGAAGAGAUGGUGAGGUUGUUGAAGGAGGCGUAUGAUGCAGUGGAGAGGGAAAUGGACUCUGAGGUGGUAUAA